AUGUUCAAGAUCCUGCUCGUCUGCUCCCUUGCCGCCCUGGUGGCUGCCAAUGCCAAUGUUGAGGUCAAAGAGCUGGUCAACGAGGUGAAUCCCGAUGGCUUCGUGUCCAGAUUGGCCUUGGACAACGGCGUUGCUGCCUCGUCCACCGGCGAUGUGCACGGCAACAUCGAUGGCGUCUUUGAGUGGGUGUCCCCCGAGGGCGUCCAUGUGCGAGUGGCCUACAAGGCCGACGAGAACGGAUACCAACCCCAGAGCGAUCUGCUGCCCACUCCUCCCCCCAUUCCAGAGGCCAUCGUCCGUGCUAUUGCCUGGAUUCAGGCUAAUCCCAGCAAGAACUAA